AGGAGGAGGAGGGGGGAGGAGGCACUGCUUCAUCCCCUACAGAGACUCAGUCCUGACCUGGCUUCUGAAAGACAGCCUGGGCGGCAACUCCAAGACCAUCAUGAUUGCAACUGUCUCGCCCUCCGCUAACAGUUACAACGAGACCCUUAGCACCCUGCGCUAUGCCGCCCAUGCCAAAAAUAUUGUCAACAAGCCUCGGGUUAAUGAGGAUGCCAGUGUUCGGCUGAUCCGGGAACUGAGAGAGGAGAUUGACAGGCUGAAGAGCAUGCUGCUCAGCUUUGAAAUGCAGCGUAAUCCCAGUCCAUCCCUGAGCGACGAGAGGGAUGGAAAUCUUUCUGACAUCGUGCUACAGAACGAACUAAAGGUGGAGCAGCUGACGAAGGACUGGACGGAGGGCUGGAGAGACAAGAAGGAGCUGCUGAAGCAGUACAGCGUGGACAUCAACCGAGACCGGGCCGGAUUCCUCAUCAACUCCCUCCAACCGCACCUGGUCACCCUCGAUGGAGACGUCCUCAGCACCGGGGUCGUCUUCUAUCACCUCAGGGAAGGAGUUACCCACAUAGGACCUCAGGAACAGUUUGAAAAACCACAAAUAGUUCUGCAGGGCGGUGCCAGCUGUGAGGUUGAAAACCACGGAGGUGUGGUGACGCUCAGGCCGCUGCCGGGUUGCGUCUGUCUGCUCAACGAGCGAGAAGUCGCCGAGCCCUGCAGGCUGGCUCAAGGGACGGUGAUCACCUUGGGAGGAGUGCACAAGUUCCGCUUCAACCACCCAGCCGAGGCAGCCGUCCUCCGGGAACGCAGACGUGCCAGUGAAGGUGGCAUGACCUGCACCUACAUCGACCUUUGCCCCGCGACCCCUGACCACAGUGUCGACGAUGUGAAGCUCCAAGGCCAGCCGGGUGCAUGUCUCUCCCCCAGUGACCAGCCGACUGCGAGGCAGCGUCUGGAGGAGCAGCAGCGCUACGUGGAGAGCUUGCGACAGGAGAUUCAGGCUGAACAAAGGAAGGCUGAGAGAGAGCUGGAGAGGGAGCAGGCCCACCUCCAACAGCAGCACACUGAGAUCCAGCAGUGGAUUACGCAGGAGAAACGCCACCUAACGACUGUAGAGCUGAGAAUCACCCACGAGUCCGGCGUUCAGACGGACCGCAUCCCCUCAACCCUCCCGGAGCGAGAGGCAAGUCGUGUGUCUGAGGAUCAGGAAGGUCGCGCAGUGGUGGAUCAGCCAUCCCGGGUGGUACGGGCCAGGAAGAAGGCGGUGCAGGAGGAGCUGCUCAAGCACCACGCCCUCUGCCGAUCCGAGAGUCGCAUCCGUCGGAGGCAGUUGCACUACCAGCUGGAGAGAAUUGCCCGCAAGCGGCAUCUGUUGGAAGCCAAGAGGGAAUUGCAGCAGCUGGAAAGGGCCCUGCCUCCAGGACCAGACAGCCCAGAGUCUCCUGAUCUGGGCUCCCCUCCAAAGCUCAGAGGAAGAUCGUUUGUUCCUCGCAGACACUCGUUCUCGGCAGAUCUUCUGUCCCGGCUGUACCCACAGAACACUCCUAUCUUCAGACACUUCCUCAAAAGGAACAGAUCCACAGAACUGACGUCGAAUUCCUUCACAGCCUCCAUUUCCAUCGGCAGCAGGAAGUGGGUUUCAGAUGAGUGUAUUCCUCGGGAGAGAACCCAGAGUUGUUCCGGUUCGCUCUCCUCGGGACAAAGUCAAGGCAGCCGGAGAAGAGUAAACUCCUCUGAAAACCUCAGAGCGACGGCCAAAGAGGAGCCCCAAGCUCAGCCCUUCCGGGAACGACCAGAAAGAAAACCUCUGCUGCCAAACCGAGAACUGUCUUUCAAGAACAGAUCGGAUCAGAACUCUUCGGUUACUCUGAAGUCACCGCUCGGAACGACUCUGCAGCCAGUCUGCAAAGAGAUUAUACAAGGAACCACAACGUGCACAAUCAGUUCUCAGAUUGUCCCUUGCACGAAUGAGACGAAUCAACCCCGUGCAGGUAACAACGGACUGGAAACCAUUAGGAAGACUUUCGCUUCUUCUGUUGGGCCCAGGCUAAAAACAGCUCUGUCCAAAGUGUUCAGGAAACCACCAUCAAGUGUGAGUGGAGGACGAAACCCCAAACCUCUGGGGAGGAUGGCAAGCAAAUUUCACUGGAGACAAAGAAGAGGCCGCAGCCUUAAAGACGCCAAGAUGAACCAAAGCCAAUGUGCUGUUAAAGCAGCCGUCUCGUGCGAGGAGCUCGACCAAAGGACCGCGCUUGAGGACCUGAAACAGAAGCGCUGGCAUAGUGCCGAGGCACUGAUGAGCAAGACCAGCAGAUGGGUAGAGAGACAGCGGGGAUUGAAGGGAUGGGAGGAAGAGCCAGAGGACGGAGAUGACGUAAGGUCAGACUGCGAGAGCCUUUUCUCUGUCGACUCUCUGUCCUCUGCUUAUGUGACGGCCCUCGCCAAGCAGCUGAGACGCGAGGAAGCGGCUCAGAGCGAAGCCGAGAGCGAAGGCAGUCAAAUAUCUGAAGACUCCUUGGCUGUGGAGAGCGGUGGGAAAUACUCAACAGCGGAGAAACUUAGCCAGACUUACUCAUCGGUGACAGAACGCUCCCGUUCACCCAUGCGGCACCACGGAACAGCAGAGAUCAGUUUAGACUGGGACGGCAGUCAGAAACCUCAGGUAAUCCCAGUUGAGACGCACUGGAACCAGCAAGGUUCAAGAGACAGUGGUGCCACAACGACGCCUCCUUCCCACAAGUCAUUAGCAGCAGAUUCCAGAGACAAAUUGACAGAGGACUUUGGGAAAAUGCAAUUUGGCCCACGCUCCCUGAGCAGCUGCAGCGUGAGGGAGCCCGACAAUGCGCUGGCGCUCGCCGACGCCUGGUCCUCCGCAGGCGUUCCCAGGACUCACUGGGAUUCUCUGCCUUUCCAAAGAAUAAUAAUGUUCAGAGGCGUACAGAGCAGCAGCGCGACGAGUCCAAUCGGCAUGAACCUCUCGGACUGUCGGAGUGGACGUAGCUCUUCAUCCACCAGCACCGAGGGCGUAAACGGUUCAACGGGUACAUCAGAACUAUUAGAUUCUCAGGUUCUAACACCAGAGGAAGCCCUGAAGCAAGUAGGAUGUUGUGUGGAGCAAGCGGAACCAACAGGGAACGCUGUUAUGUAUUCUCCCGACUGCAUCAAGGGUCCAGCACGCUUACUGAACGUAGAACCUCAAACCGCUUGCGUGUCACCCGCUGAGAUCUACUGCACUGAACAACAAGCCCCACAACUGAAAUUGCUUCAGGUGUUAACGGAUGCACCUGACAUGGCGGUCGUUUACACCGCAAUGUCCUCUGACACUAACAUAUGCACGUCGGGUUGUCAGUCAGUAAUGCAGCUCUCUAAUACUAGCCAAGGUCAAGUAUUAAAAUGUAUGUCUGACCCUGUAAGUGUCCUCAACCCGUCUACUGGAGAGGAAGUACCAUGCGGUCUGGAUGGUGCGACAGAAAAGUUGAAAGAUAUGAACCAAUAUGAGUUUGGGAACGGCGAACAUUUAUCUUGUACGCGGGACAACAUGUCGGAUGAGGCUGAAACCAAAGGAGCUCUGAUUGAGCAGUGCAUUGCACUACAGCAGGAGCUCGUUAAAUCGGCUUUUAAAAACACCAGGAAGAGGAACCAAGACCAGCAGGAUGUGUUCACGGGCAGCUCGAAGAUUCCAAAAAGGAGCAACGGCAGAGACAUGGUAACUUUCUGCUUUGCGGCAGUUGACAAUCGGGAAGAUAUUUGUCCCGGUGACUCAAAAGGAGAACGAUCUGCCGUGGACGCUGACGGCUCCCGAUUUGAGUCCGUUUGUGACGACGGUGGCAUCAGACGAGACGCGGUGGCUUCAGAGGCGUUGCCAGUUUCUGAUCCCAUGAGAAGGCGACUUGGACAGAUCUUUGAGGACUCUGAAUGUGGUGACAGUGGAUCCUCUGCAGGAGAGAGGAAAGUACUUGGAAAGGGAGAUGUAACAAUAGAGGAAGCGGCUGCAGAAACAAAAGAGGGCGAAUUGCCAUUUGAUGAACCCAGAAAACAUCAAGAAAGUAGAAAACACAUAUGCAAGUCGGAUGCCAUUUGUAGCGCCAUUGACCUGAGAAUCUCAGAAGUGGUCAAAGAGCACGUGACAUUGAUUGACAGGAAGGGCAGGAGUCAAAGCAUGUUUGCCUUGUCGUCCUCCGCGUGUCAUUUCAGCUGUAAGAGCGAUGAAAUGGGACGGCAAGAACAAAAGUUGAUGGAUGAAAUGAGCGAACAGGGAAAAAAAGGAGAAAUCCUUGAAGCACGCCUUGCACCUGAAAGGAUGAAGCCUGAAAACAAAGUGGACGCCAGUGAACACCUGGCAUCCGAUCUGUCAGCUGAAUUAGGAACCAGCCACGAGAGCGACGCGCUUCAAUCCGCUGACGUUACACAGAAGAUGGAGCGCGUGCAUAACUUUUCUGCCAAAAACAACAACAACGUCCAAACAAAUAUGACACUCUACAACAGAGAGUCUGAGCACUCCACUGGCAACGCCACUUUGUCCUCGAUUCCUGGUUCCUCCAUUGAUCCUAAAGGAAAGGCCGUGGUGAACGAUGCUUCGUGUCAAGAAACAAAUGGUUCAUGUAAGCAAAAAGUAACUUUGCACCUUAACGCCGUCAUCCACGAUGCGUGCUUGAGUGAAGUGGACACGCGGAGCUCUCUGGACGCCCAAGUACCCAGAGAAACGCCUCCCACCCUGGGUGACGCAACAGAAAACCGUGGCUGUAAACGUGAAGAGGACGUCGGCGUGGAAGCCGCAUCUAACGCUCAAGAUGAUGAAGAUUGUUCGCCCGGGCAGAACUUCCAAAAUAGUCCUCGCACAUCUGGUGCCACACAAUUAUUAUCCGAUGGAGGAAGAUGGAGUAUUUCAUCUAAAAAGGCCAAGGCAAAGAGGUUGAGGAAGACUAAGAUCCAGACUCAUCCCAUGUCCUCCAUCGAGUCCUCUCCCAAGUCAUCGGAUGAGGACGAGGAGAACGACGCGACCACCCGAGUGCAUCACGGCCGGCUCUCGUCGAAGUGGGUGAAGCUCGGCGCUCUGAGUAACGGCAAACAAGAAGUCAGACCGGUCGGGAGUGAAGAUGCAGAUGUGUCGGUGAGCACAUCUAAGAUGAAGAGUAGAAGUGAAGUCAAAGCGAGUAGAGAUUACGCCCCGAAAAGACACUCCUUAGGAGUUAUGUCGCAAAGGACAAAUGUAGAAGAUAUCGUCUUGUGUGCAAAGAAAAGCGAACCGCAGCGGGACUCCCCGAUGCAUUUCGCCUCCAGCGACAUCAACCCUUUCGUUCACCAGCGGCAAGGCGAGGACUCAAACCCACAGUGCUACAAGAACCCCGCGUUCGGGAGUGCCGCAGACCUGUCCUGCAAAUCUCCACUUUUGAACAGCGCCGAGAAGCAGAUAACGAGAUGCUGCAGCGUCGACAACGGUUUGAACGGGCAGAACUCGCCCUUCUGUUCCCAUCUGAGCACUUACGCCACCAGCAAGGGGCUCUCCAGUACGCUCAGCAGUAUGGACGACGACGAGGAACAAGGGAACAAAACCUCUCGGCUCUCGAGUCGACAAGCGUCUGUCGGUCAUUUAGAAAAUCUGACGGCGACCGACGGUUCUUUAAGCAACAGCUGUGGCUCCAGUCGGAUGAAUGAAGUUAUGCUUGCGUACACGUCUGAGAAAGAGUCCCAGGGAAGCAAAGUACCAGCUCAAAGGAGGAGGACUUGCGAGUAUGGCACUCAAACUGAGCACGGCCUUCAGACGGUAACCGGCAGUGGUGCUCCACAGAGGAGAGAGCGGCACAAAAGGAGUAACACUGAUGUACCCGCUACACAGAAAGCCAGAGUGGGAAUAAAAGAGUCUCCGACGUGGGCCAGUAUGGAGAGCAUGUCGGCUCACCUCUCAAAGCUGAUUGGCAGCACCUCGGACCUGCUGGGGGACGUCCAGGAAAUGAGAACGGGCGAAGUCUCCAAGUCCAGUCCGAAUCGCAGCGUCCACGCGUCGAACGUCGGCGUCUCUCACAGCGAGUCUGGCGACGACACGCAGAGGGACUGCUCAACGCAAACGGCCGUCGACGUCGGCAUCCAGACGUCGGGGUCUUCGGCGCCGGCCGCGGAGGGAGUCGCCGCUCAUCGAACGCCCGGCGAAAGGUCCAACUCGCACGAGGUCAAUGUGAUCGUCAAAGUGAUCGGUUCUGAGGUUGUCGACGUGUCCCGAGACAAGACCGCGCACCGCCUGAGUACAGAUGACCAGAUGCAGAGCAGGCCUGACCUGAGCUUCAACACCUCUGCCUCCCAAUCGGAGAACAAAGCACCUCCCGUGAAGACGCCGGGCGAAUGUCAACGACACGUAAGAUCUGCUUCUUCGCGAUGCUCGAAGCAAAGCACGCUCGAGCCGCCGCCGGGUCACAAAAGUGUUCCGACAUCCGAAGUCUCUCGCAGGUCGUCGCAAAGCGGCCACCGAGAAAAGCCCCGUCCCUUUUUAAGAAGCGACCCGACGCUCUGUUUAAAGAAACGAGCGACGUACACGGACCGCGCGUCCUCUCCCAUUCGUACUGUGGGAACAAGUUUACGCGUGAAGCCGAGAGGAAACUGCGAGUCUGAGAGCGACCGCCUCGCCGCGUCUUCUAGCAAACGAUCCGCUCGCGCAACCGCCUCAGAGGACGAGCAAAGACGCGAUUGUGACGCGUCCUCUCGUGCAUCAGAAUCCGUAUCACUUGAGAAGGUGAGUGAAAUGAGUUGCUCUGUGAGCGUUGGUGCAUCACUGGGUAGAUACACAGACACUGAUGUUGCCUAUCGCGACUCCAAACGCCAGAGUUCCUCUCAGCAGUGGAGGACUUCUCCUUCAACAAAUGGUUUCACUAUGCGGAGCCACAUCUCUCCCAUCUUAAGACCAGCUGACGUGCACAAACCGCAGGCUAAAGCCACACAUGGAACAACGUCAAGCUAUUCCCGGCGUGCAGUGGAUUCUGUAGAUCGUUGCGUUGACUCGCACAAUCCAUCCCCGGUGAGCAACGGGACAGUUGAGCUCCAAGAGGACGACGCGGUGUCACUGGCGCUCAGCGAGUGCAACACGGACGUCCUGAUGAACAUCGAACCCGUCACCGGCACGGCGUCCCCGUCUCAACGCUGCCGAGCGGCCCCGGAGGACCUGCCCAUGCACAACAAGUUCACCAACUGGUCGGGCGUCAACCUUCAGCGACCGAAACACCCCAACAAGCCGGGCACACAUGACGACGACGACGACGAGUGGGGCGAGACGGAGAGUUCCGGCUCGAUCGUGGAGUCCGACAGACGGGCCAGAGAGAUCGAGAGGCUGCGACAGGAGAGGGAGCAGGUGAUGGCAACGGUCAGCCUCAACGUGAACCCGAGGCCGCUGACUGUGGAGCUGACGGAGGCCAAGCUCCACUACGGCCUCGGGGAGACGGACACACUGUUAAAGAUGCUGUCCCCGAGGACCAGAGGCCGGCUGGAGGCGCCGACCGCCGCGUCUACAAAACAGCGGCUGUACGAUAAACACCGCAGGAGCAUUGAGGGUUUGAGGCAGGAGAGGGAGGAGCGUCUCCAGACUCACCAGAGAGCUCGGAGUCUGAGUCCCGGCCAACAUCCUCGCUCAUCUCCACAAGAGGCGGGUUCCUCCUCCGAGGUGUCUGCCGCCACACCCGGUGGGCGUAAAGAGUACCUCCAACAGCUCCGCCAAGAGGUGAUCGAUGGCACCAGAGUACCAGACCCCCGAAGAGGAGAAGGCCGCUGUCCAUCCGACAUCGAGCAGCUGUUGCGGGACUACGGCCGAGCCCGAGAGGAGGCCAGGACGGAGAUCGCAAAGGCAAGAGAGCGACUGCGAGAAAGGACCGAGCAGGAGAAGAAGAGGCUCCAGCAGCAGUCCCUGUCUCAGGAAGUCACGGAGGACCUGAGACAUCGGACAAGAAUCAGCAGCAGCACUUUGUGCACCGGGUCCAGCCUGAGUCUUUCCUCCGGACCGACGUCGGGGUACAACAGCGGAAACACGCUGCAGCGCGGCAACAGACCGCUCCUGACUGGACAGAUCCCAGGGUUCCAGGACGAGGGGCCGAAGGUCAGGACGCGUCCGCCUGUAUCUGGUCCUCAAAGUGUGAAGUCCCAGAGAGCCUGGCUGUCUGCCCACGACGUCCGCCUCGAGCCUCCUGUCGCCUCGUUCGAGCCCCUGAUGACUUCCUCUCCGUCGCCCUCAACUCGCGGGCGUCAACGCACCGCCUCCUUCGGCUCCUCCUCUUCCAUAUCCACGACCUAUCAGGACAUCACGUCUAGUCUCCUCGGCCGCGCUCUGGCUGAGGUGCGACUGGCUUCUUCUGGGGAUUUGAGCAACCUGCUAAUGAGCAAGACCACAGCAGGCUGGAGUUACCAGGGAGAAGAGCGAGGCGUACGGGCUUACUACAAGCCCUCCUCCAGCCCGUCGGUCCAUGGGUUCCUUGGAGCCGGGGAGCUGGACAGACCUCUGGACGGUCUGUGGACCGCAAUCUGCCGGCUGUCCAAGAGCCACAUGUACAACCGGUCCGUCCGUUCUGUGUGGACGCGACCACUAGAUGACAGCACUCAGCUGGUUUACGUACUAACGGAUCCGUCCACCUGCCACCUCAGCCAGCCGCGGGACUUCUGCUGCAUCAGCACCGAGUCCAGACAGGCCGGCUUGUGCGUGCUGGCCAUGCAGUCCGUGUUCGAGGAGUCUCUGCCUCGUCCCAGCGUGGAUGCCGUCCGCGGGGAGAUGAUGCCCAGUUGCUGGAUCCUGCAGCCGAUUAGACGCGGCGGACGGGACGCCACCAGGGUCGUCUACCUGCUACAGGUGGACUUGGGAACUCCGUCCUUCCCUCACCGACUGUCGAACACCGUCGCCAGAAGACACGCGGCCGUCAUCGCCGAUCUCGACGUUUUACUCGCCGAAUCCACGGGAGUCAUGGCGACGCAUCAGCAGUGAGCACUUGGACUGAACUGUCUCCUGCACGGAGUUGGUCUGUCCUUUUGAAUUUGCACCUGAAAUUCAUUUACUUGACUUUUUUAUUUUAUUUUUUAUUCUAAGAGCACUGUUCUAUUAUUUCCCAGUAACAAAGAUGAAGCUUUUUCUUUUUUUAUAUAUAUAUAUAUAUAUAUAUAUAUAUAUAUAUAUAUAAAGAUAUUUUUUGAUAAAAUAUUGAGACUGUAUUUUUAUAUUUGCGAUGUACAUGAAUACAUGUAACAAUCAUAAUCCUAUUGUACCAAAGAUGAAGUCCAAGGGAAUGACUUGCUGUGACACAUUUAGUGUUCUGCGUUUAGGUUUAAACGGCUUAAUAAUUAAUUAUCCUCGACCGCAAAGCGAUCCCACGUUAUCGCUUCAUCAACGUGACGAAACGGGUUUAAAAUAAAUUGAGUCGCCGCCAUUUAAGUCCAUUAAUAUUGCUUUCUAUAUUGUUAUGUGGACAGACAAAUAUGUCAACGUCAACAAGGUCAACAUCACAGCUGGAAAACCUUGUUUUUUUAAAAAUAAAAUAAAAUUUAAAGAGUCCCAUCAACAGAUAAUAAAAGUUGCAUUGAUUUGAUGUGUAUUUACUACACAAGUGUGUUUACGUUCUAUCUAUCUAUGAUGGAUGGAUAAAUAGAUGCAGCCAGCUCUGUUGUCACGGUGACGGGUUAUACAAGAGGCAGUAACACUUUGUUCCAUAUCUGGGUCAAGCAGGUUUUUUUGCAAAUAUUUGCAUGUAAAUGCUUCGUUUCAUCCUACUUGGAUAGAUAAUGAGGGGGGG